AUGCUUUGGAGCCUGCCGGAGCGCUCCCGAGACCGAAACCUCUACAUGAGACCAUGCUGGGCGCUUCUCCUUGUUUCGGCCAUCGCGGCCCGGGAGGAGGAUUUCCAGCAUUGUGCCGACGCAGCAGACGCAGGACUGCUCUUGUUGCAGACUCCUGACCUCAAGGUGCAGGCGAUCGAGGUCCCCGUGCGUCCAAAGGCUGCAAGCAUUUCUUCCGACGGACUUCUGAUCAAGGAGGUAGACGAGUUGAUCUCCACUGUGGAGUCUGCCUUCACCUCCUGGAGGGCCAGGUGGCCGACUGCGACUGCAGCUUUGAAUCAUCUUCAAAGCCAGACUCAGAUGCUGCUGCAUCCUGAUGUGGAGGAAGAGUUCACAGUGACUGGAGAAGCUUCUGCAAUCCCAAUGCCCAUCAAUGCGACGGAUGGCACGGUGACCAUAACCGUGAAGAAGAAGAGGGGUGUCGACACGGUGGUCCACACCAUCAGGGCUAUCCUGAUUGCUGUGGUCGCGCUUGUUUUGAUAGCCUUGGCGGGCACGAUGAGUGGACUGAGUUUGGGCCUUCUCUCGGUCAGGACCACCGACCUUGAGGCGUUCGCGCGCUCGGAGGACCCGGAGCACCAAGAGUUGGGAAGAUCCUUUUUGCACGUUGUGUCCGACAAGCACCUGCUGCUUGUGACACUGCUGCUUGUUAAUACAAUGGCGACGGAGACGUUGCCCCUGGUUCUCAAUGUCGAGAUGAAUGCUGUAGCCGCUGCGAUUGUCGGAAUUCUUAGCCUUCUGGUCGGCGGCGAAAUUCUACCACAGGCGCUUUUCAGUGUGGUCUCACUGAACACACUGAGCCACUUUCUGCCUCUCGUGCAGGUGUUGAUGUGGAUCUGCUGGCCUAUUGCUCGGCCGUUCGCAACAGUCUUGGAUCUCAUCUUCAACAGGGGUGGUAUGAACCCCUUUGAGAUGCCUCGCCAGGCGCUCUUGGCGCUCAUGCGAGUGCAGCAAGAGAAAGGCGUCCUAUCAGAGCAAGAGGCGCAGAUUCUUGAUGGUGCCAUGGGCCUGGCAGGUAAGAAGGCUGGGGCAUGCCUUACGAGGAUCGAGGAUGUGCACAGCUUGCCGGAGGAUGCCAUGUUGGAUGUGAAGCUUGGUGCAGCAUGGCAGGUUCACUCAGCAGAUGACCGGCGACUGCUCGUUUCUGUGAUCAUUUGCAAGUCCAUCUUGGGUGUCCACCCGAAGGACUGGACCGGUUGCCGCACAGUCAUCGGCGUGGUCGCGAAGUUCGUUGCUUGUUGCAUGACGAUGAUGAUACAGCUGCUCAUGGUUAUCGUGGUCAUGUUGGCCGCGGACGAGGGCAUGAUGAGCACGAUGGACGGCUACAGCGUCAAGGACUUAGCAACGCAGCAGCACAACGCCUUUCGGAACCGGAACGCUCCUAUUACUGUUUUGGUGCAUCGUCCACUCAGUUGCUGCUCUUCCGUGGGCAUGAGCUUUGAUCUGCUUCUCAAGCUGACCGGCCUCCGAUGCAUUGCAUUCCCAGCCAAUUCCACGAACAUUUUGCAUGACACCCUGCCCGCAGUCGGUAAAGAGUGGGGAUUGGUGAUACGGACCUGCUCUAGUCGCCAUGCAGCCAUGGCCAUAGUUGUGCCGGAGGGCUACACGCCGAUCGUGGCGUGGAAGUUCUGUGUCUCUAGACGUGGGGACUUCAUGAUCAAUGUCAUGGACAUGGCCAAGGAUGUGCUACAGAUCACGACCUUUGUCCUUCAUGGAGACUAUUGGUUCGCUUCGUUCAUGCUCCUCUUCGUCGGCCUGAGCGGUGUCUUCACAGCCAAAGGAAGCUCGGAGGGGGACAGGCCUCAUCGGCCCCUUUCGGCGCCUCCCUGCUCCAGCUCACGCCCGCUCCAAGCUGCGAGCGCGCUUUACGGGCUUUACAGCUCUGCAAACGCCAUGGCCGAGGGGAGGCUUGAGUUGGAGGCAGGGAAGGGCGCAGUCGCGACGUUUCUUGGAGGCCAUAUUGGGGGUACUCUUGCAUUCGCUUCCGUGGCCAUGGCGUCGUCAUCUCCGCUUCUUCGCCUGGCGCUCUGCUUCCUCUUCCCAACGGUCUGUUGCCUGUCGGCUCCAGGAAAAAUUCCUGGCGCCGGCCGCCGCCUGCCGUGA